GUUUUGACCCUGACACGACAACUUCCUCUUACUUUCCCAUUCUCUCUUUCUUCCUCGCAUGUGUAUUUCAUUUUCAUUUUGCUUCUCGAAUUUGUGAGAAGCCUUCCGUUCAUUUUGGACCAAGAAAAGUCUCAUUCUCAUUCUUUAUUUUAUUUUAUUUUUAUUUUUAUUUAUAUAAAAAAAAAAUGUUUUACUACAACGAUGUUCUUUGUUUUUAUCCACAACUUUUUGGAGUUUUUAAACCCUUAUUUCCCUUCUCUUUGAGUCUAUGUAUCUGUCUUUAAAUCUAUUCAACACAAUCAUCCAGCCUCACAAAUUUUCAAAUUUUUGUUUCAAUUCGAAGUGCAAUAGAAGACAGGACUGCUGUUGUUCUGACACUAGCCCACUUGGUGCAUACAAGAAAAGGCUAUCUUCCUUUCUACACCUGUUUUGUCUUGUGUGCUGAAUUUGAGAACUAAUAUCUGUUAGUCGGAGUCCUUAAAUUUUCUGGUGCAUGUGGUGUCUCCUUUGCGGCGCCACAUCUUUUAUCUAUGGGGGAGUGGAUUGUUGGAGCUUUCAUCAACCUCUUUGGUAGUAUUGCUAUAAACUUUGGGACCAAUCUUCUCAAAUUAGGCCAUAAUGAGAGAGAAAGAUAUGUACUUGGAAGUGAUAGGGUAAAUGGAAAGAUGACCCUAAAGCCUAUUAUAUACUUCCAGAGUUGGAGAAUUGGCAUCAUAUUUUUCUUUCUUGGAAAUUGCCUUAAUUUCAUUUCCUUUGGGUAUGCUGCUCAGUCACUUCUUGCAGCUCUGGGAUCUGUUCAGUUUGUAUCUAACAUUGCUUUCGCAUACUUCGUCUUGAACAAAAGGGUGGCAGUCAAGGUAUUAGUUGCCACAGCUUUCAUUGUUCUUGGAAACAUUUUUCUAGUCGCUUUUGGCAAUCACCAAUCACCUGUUUAUACACCAGAGCAGUUGGCAGAGAAAUAUACCAAUAUUGCGUUCCUUUUCUACCUUCUAGCUUUGAUCUCAAUUGUUGUCUUGCAUCACACCAUUUACAAGAGAGGAGAAUUUCUGCUUGCAGUAUCAGGACAUGAUCUCAAACCCUACUGGAACAUGCUACUGCCUUUUUCAUAUGCUAUAGUUUCAGGGGCUGUAGGUUCAUGCUCAGUAUUGUUUGCCAAAUCCCUUUCAAACCUCUUACGACUCGCCAUGUCCAAUGGUUAUCAGUUGCACAGCUGGUUCACGUAUUCCAUACUCCUUUUAUUUCUUAGCACUGCCGGAUUUUGGAUGACCAGGUUGAACGAAGGACUGUCCUUAUUUGAUGCAAUUCUUAUUGUUCCCAUGUUUCAGAUAGUAUGGACUUUCUUCUCAAUCUGUACAGGAUUUAUAUAUUUUCAGGAAUAUCAGGUAUUUGAUGGGUUAAGGACAACAAUGUUUGUACUUGGAAUGAUGUGUGUGUUCAUUGGCAUUUCUUUGCUGGCACCUGAUGAAUCAAAAGGUGCUGAGAUUAAAGAUAGCUCUCUGGAUUCCGUGGUGUCUCCUGCGAUUUCUAUAGAAAUGAAAGUGUCUACUGAAGAAGCACAAAACAAAGAGACAAAAAGAUCAUUUGUCAAAGGAAUGCUGAUAAAGAUUAAAGAUAUGUUGGUCAAGGCAAAGACUUCUUGUGCAUUAUCUCUUGGUUUAGGGGAGGAUACCAUUAAUACAUCUUCAGUUCUUGUGAUGCCAAUGAUGUCAUCAAGAAUGACUGGAUUCAGAGGUAAUGUGAUUGAGAGGACAAGGAUUUUGUCCAUGAGAAAUUCUGGUUGGAGCAAGAUCCCUGUGGAUGAAGAUGCUGGGAAAUUGCUUGAAACUAGUCCAAUGCUCCGUCCUAGCCCUUGAUAGUGGUUGAUAGCUAUAGUAUAGGAUGUUCCACGGUUUGGAUUUUUUUUUUCCACUUUUUUUCAAUGAUUGGAGUAGCUGAGAUAGAAAACUGUUAUAAUUCCAUUAUUUGCUCUGUUGAGCAUUCAUGUAAUCUUCCCCAAAGGGAAAGAUUGAUAGUAUUUGAGGCUAACCAAUUUGCAAGCUCCUCCAAUUUCUAGUUGUCUAACUCAUCUACAUACUGAUUGCUUAUUUUAUUUAUCU